GUCAAUAUAUUUCGGUAUGGCUCACGGUUAAACAUAGGCUCACCCACGCGUCUCUCGCGCCGCAAUCGUCGCCUCCCGCUCGCCCAGUCCCGUCUACCUUCUCGUCGCCUUUACACGCAACAGAUAGCACGAUGAGUCGCGUUGGCCGAGGCAGACGUACCCGCGUCUAUGAUUGCAACUACAACAAAGGAGAGAGCUAUUACCGACCAGUUUUAGAUCGCCUAGAUGGAAAGACGCCGAUUGUCCGUGAACCAGAAAACGAUCGGAUCAAAAAUGGCGUCGGUGACCGUUUCCGCAGUCUCCUUGAUGAAGUAGAUGCUACAAAAGAUGAGCUCUUUGACUCAAGAGGCGCACGUGCGACACGAGGCAAGCCACUGUCGUCUGCUUUUGAAGACGAAGAAUUUAAUGACGAAAUCACAGAGUCACUGAAGCGUCUACGCGCUAAGAAGGCUUCUCGGAUUAAUGAAGAUAUCGAUUUUGAUAACAGUGUAGCCAACCUUGAGAACAGAAUAAAGAUAUCCGACAAGAUUCUCGAGAGUGUGGGUAUUGGGAGCUCUGAAAUCAGCGGUGCCAGGCGGGCUUUAAAAGAGAACGAGGAGCGUACAGAAAAGCGUAUCGCACGUAGACUAAAUGAGGAGAACGCAUUAACAAAGUGGACGGCGCUUAAGGAUUUUGACGAUGAAACAGCGGCUGUACAACGAGCGAAAGCAACACGAGCCCGUCUGACAGAUCUUGAAGACGAAAUGACAGAGUUAAGUGAGAGAACUGCUGCUAGAGAAAAACGCGCAGCACGCCUUCGAGCUUUAGUUGCCGAAGCUGAAUCAGACUCGACUGUCACGACAUCUAACGUUGCCGCCUCUAAAGUUAGCAUCCGCGCAGAACGUGAGAAAAAGCAAGUCACUUUCUAGGAAUUAUUCGUAAUCCAAACUGCGCAGAGUAUAAAUCAAUAUAGCCAGACUAGGCAAUUAUUUGCUAAGGAAAUUAAUAGUCAUUAGAUAUUUAUAGGUAAGCCAUAUUUAUCUUAUUGUUUUAAAUACGACUUCAACGUUGCUGUUAUGGCUCGUUGAUUUAGUCUUUAUAUACGGUACUGUAUCUUAUCAUAAUAUAUAUUAUUCCUUAAUUUGAGUAGAUAAUAUGCCCCAAACUCACUAUAGUACCUAUGUGCAAUUAUACAACUGCGUUUGGGUUUAGAUAAAUAUUACUGGUCUUUGUAAUCCUGCAUUUGUCAAUUGUACCACGUUCUAGUCAGUGUUUCUUUUAUAUUAAUGUAUAGAAUAAAGGAAUCUGUAUUUCCAUUGUUUUAUUUAAGUCUUUAAUAAAUAAACUUUUAUACGAUA